AUGACAAAAGCACGUGCGCGCUCGAACCUUCCAAACUUCCCGGAGGACGCACUGGUGUUAUAUUUAGGAGCUGCUUUGAAAGGCAAGGGCGUAGAAAAAAGACGAUGUCGUAAAACUGGCGCCCACCAACCUUCAAAUAAGGCCAGCAUGGCACCGACGAGCCGCGCGGCGUCGUCCUUGACUCCUGGCCAAAUGAUA